AUGGCUGUAGUACUUACACCGUCGUCCUAUCUUACUUUUACUCGACCCUUUGCCCAUCCCGUUGCCACGGAGAGCAUCUGUAUCCAAAACCCGGGCAAGAUCCCUGUCACCUUCAAAGUCAAAACCACCGCGCCCAAGCAGUACUGUGUCAAGCCAAACACGGGCAAGAUUGAGCCUAAUGAACAAGUGGUGGUCCAAGUAUUCUUACAGCCAAUGAAGGAGAAGUUUGUUGAGGGGUACAAAUGCAAGGACAAGUUUCUGAUCCAGACAGCCGAAAUCAAACCAACUGGUCAACACAACAACAGCAGCAGCGUGAGCAUGGCCGAAAUGUGGCAGCGCAUUGAAACGGAAGAAAAGGACAAAAUAUACCGUCACAAAAUCAAAUGCGUGGUGUCACCCCCUGGACCCUCCAGGCGACAGUCAGAACCGGUUAAGGACAAGACAGCAAGGCAGCAAGACGAACGAAUGCAUGUCCUCCGUAGCGACACGGUGGACACAUUGCCCAUGAAGGAUGCGCCGUCAUCACCUUCCGCGUCUUCCACUAACACUGCAUCGACGACGGAGGAAGAGAACUUGAUGCACCAGCAGCACGAAGAACGAGUGGCGGCUGUGCAGGAAGAGAAUAUUCGGCUGCUCAAGCAGGUUGCCAAUGCUCAGGAGUCGAUAAAGCAGUUACGCCAAGAACUGAUGCUAGCCACCCAAAAGCAGCAUGAAGCAGAAGAACGGUGUCGUCAGUACAAGGAGGCGGUGCUACAGGACCUUGCAGAACAAGAGGAGCAGGAAAAACAGCAGCAGCAGCAACAGCAGGAGACGGAUAUCAGCAGUAGCAAUAGCAAUGGUACAGGAGAACAACAACAGAUGCAGCACAUCAAAAGCAGCAACAGCAGCAGUCGUCGUCGUCGUCAGCGUCUAGCAUUGAUGUUACAAGAGCAUCGACCCAGUAUCGAAGAGGACGGCCAUCCAGUUGCAGUGGCUUGGACGGCUGCUGCACUUACAUUUGGCCUUGCAUUUUAUCUGUUUUGUUGA